UAGAUGGGAAGUUUGAGGCCAGACAACAAAUAGGAGGAGCAUGAGGUCCUGGCCUCAGCUCUGAGGUGCAGGAUGAGAAGCUGGAAGAUGGUAGUUGUGUGAGGAAAACUUAGAAGGAGUCAGAUUUCAGUGCUGGAGCCUGACUUGUAGGAUUGCAGUGACUCACAGAGAGCCGGCCUGAGUGAGAGCUGCCUUUGUUCCACUUGCACUGAAGGGCGGCGGGUGGGGGAGAACCCAAAAGCAGCCGCAGCCACCGCCUCUGCCUGUUGCUUUCCAUAUGCAGGCAGCUGCAGCAGUCUCUCCCCAUGAAUACCUGGUUUUACAAAAUGCCCCCUAGUCAUUCUCAGAGACCAUGGACUUUGCUUCUGCUACUUUUGGGUUCAUCGCUCCCUACUGCUCUACUAACUCAGGUCAUAGAAGAAAGGGGAUCAAAGGGGAAUCUUGACCUAACAGAACUAAUAGGCGUUCCACUGCCCCCGUCAGUUUCCUUUAUCACUGGAUACGGAGGGUUUCCAGCCUACAAUUUUGGACCAGAAGCAAACAUAGGCCGCUUGACAAGAACUCUGAUACCUCAGCCAUUCUACAAAGAUUUUGCUAUCACUGUUACCGUCAAACCAAAUAGUGACCAUGGAGGGGUAUUGUUUGCCAUAACCGAUGCUUUUCAGAAGACAAUAUACUUGGGCAUCAGACUAUCACCUGUGGAUGAUAACACACAGAGAAUCAUUAUGUACUACACUGAACCAGGUUCUCACAUAUCCCGAGAAGCUGCAUCCUUUAAAGUGCCAGUGAUGACCAACAAAUGGAAUCGCUUUACUAUGACUGUAGAGGACAAUGACAUUGUCUUGUUCAUGGACUGUGAGGAAUAUCACAGAGUCCGUUUCCAGAGAUCACAUCACGCCUUGCUCUUUGAAUCCAGCUCAGGAAUAUUUGUUGGGAAUGCAGGAGCAACGGGACUGGACAGAUUCACUGGUUCCAUUCAGCAGCUGACGAUCAAGCCUGAUGUAAGGGCUACUGAGGAUCAAUGUGAGGAUGAUGACCCCUAUACUUCAGGAGAGAACAGUGGCCAUGACAGCGUGCAGGAACAGGAGGGUAUCCCCGAGACACAGGAAGUCAUUUGGCCCUCACAAGCCCCAAAACUGCCUGGGAAUUCAUCAGAAGAAACUACUGCUGGGCCAGUAAGCGCACCACCAACUCUGUCAUUUCCUAGUGAAGAGAUGGAUUUCUCAGGACAACAUCUCUUGGAAGAAACAGUGAAGCCAACUACAACCAAAGAACAAGGUGUAACCACUAUAGCAACAAACAGACCAAAAAGUGAAACUACCACUAUAGCUCAGGAAAUAUUAAAAACAGAAGCAGAGCCUCAUGAUAGUGUUCUGCAAGGUGCAAAAAUAGAAAAAGGACAGAAAGGUGAAAAUGGUCAAAAGGAGAAAGAAGGAGUACCUGGACCUCCAGAAGAAGCAAGCCUGGAAGAAACACAACCUGGGACAACCAAGGCACCUGUUAUGCCAGGAACUCUUGGAUCACCUGGAUUAAAGGGAGAGCCUGGUCCUAAAGGAGAAAAGGGAGAUACUGGUGUUGGACUCCCAGGCCCUCCUGGACCUCCAGGGCCACCAGGACUGCCUGCUCCAUCUAAGAGAAGAGUGGAAAUCGAAGGCUCUGGAUCUGGUGACUUUGGCAAAGAAAUAGAACUACCCAGAGGUGCCCCUGGGCCUCCAGGUCCUCCAGGUCCUCCAGGUCCACCUGGUGCUCCUGGAUUCCCAGUGCCAGAUUCAAAUGCAGGACCCCCUGGAUUUCCAGGAGAAAAUGGGAAAGAUGGAGAAGCAGGACCUCAUGGUGUCCCUGGUCAUUUUGGUCAAGAUGGACUGAUUGGUUUUGCAGGAAUCAAGGGAGAAAAAGGUGAACAAGGUAUACAGGGACCAGUUGGAAGAAAGGGCGAUCCAGGAGAGAUUGGACCACCAGGCCCUAAAGGCGAGGCAGGAGAUGAUGGACAACCUGGGCAAUCAGGGCCUCCGGGACCCCCAGGACCACCGGGCCCGGGUUAUGGCUUUGGAUUUGAGGAUAUGGAAGGAUCAGGAAUCACCGGCUUGUCAAGUGAAUUUCGAAUCCCAGUAUCCAGGGGGCAAAACGGUCCAGCUGGUGAGAUGGGCCAACAAGGACCAAUGGGACCAAAGGGAGAAAAAGGGGACCCUGGAGUAGAAGGCUCACCUGGUUUAAAGGGAGAAGAAGGUCCAGAAGGAAGGCCAGGAUUUCCUGGUGUUGCAGGGCGCCCUGGUGAUGAAGGGCCCAAAGGAGAUAAAGGUGACCCAGGUUCCAAGGGUGAAGCAGGGCAAGAUGGUGCUAGAGUUGUGGGCCCACCAGGUCCUCCUGGACCACCAGGUCCUGUUAUAGCUAUUCCAAAGUCUUGGCUCAAUGCUUCCGACGUAACGUUCAACAUUUCUGAAAUCAAAGGACUUGUCGGGCCUCCAGGUCCAGAUGGUAAGCCGGGCCUGCCAGGAUUUCCUGGCCCCAGAGGACCCAAAGGAGACACUGGGUUAGCGGGUUUACCAGGUCAGAAAGGAAAACAGGGAGAAAAGGGUGAGCCGGGAGCUAUCUUUGCUUCAGCUGACUCAUUAACAGAAGUGAUAAGAAGACCGGGAGAAAAGGGUGAACCUGGAAUACUGGGACCACCAGGGCCAAUGGGGCCACCUGGAAAUCCAGGACCAAAAGGAGAACUCGGCUUUCCUGGACGGCCUGGACGUCCUGGGCUAAAUGGACGGAAAGGCCUAAAAGGUGAACGGGGUGUAACAUUAUAUGGCCUCCCUGGUCUGCCUGGACCUCCUGGCCUUCCAGGCCCUCCAGGUCGUGUAGUAUAUAUUAAAGGAACAGUUUUUCCAAUUUCUCCCAGACCUCAGUGCAAAACAACAGUAAGAACUGAUAACCUUGGAAACCAAGAAUCAACCGACGGUUCUAGGAAUGUACAUGUUCCACCGACCUGCAAAGGUGAAAAGGGAGACAGAGGUCCUCCAGGGCCACCAGGUCAUCCUUUGCCAUCACAAUAUGUUGAUUUCUUAAAUGUCAUGAAGGGUGAGAAAGGAACAAAUGGAGAGAAGGGAGAACCAAAUGGAGGAUUUUCAAUUUCAGGAAUACCAGGACUUCCAGGAAGACCAGGACCAAUGGGUCCAAAAGGUGACACUGUUGUUGGGCCUAGAGGCCCCCCAGGGGUACCUGGCCUGCCUGGGCCUCCAGGAUUUGGACCAGCUGGGCCACCUGGUCCCCCGGGGCCUCCUGGGCCUCCAGGACCUCCUGCAAUCUAUGGUUCAGCAGCGGUAGCAGGCCCACCAGGACCUCCUGGAGAACCUGGAUUACCAGGAACCAGAAAUCUGGUUAUGACACUAAGAAAUGUUGGCAACAUGCUACAAAAUGUUCACUUAGUUUCAGAAGGCACAUUGAUCUAUCUUAGCGAAACCAGUGAAGUUUUCAUUCGUGUUCAAGAUGGAUGGAAAAAAGUGCAGCUUGGUGAACUUAUUCCCAUCUCUGUCGACAGCCCUCCACCUCCAGCAAUUUCAAGCCCGGGAUCUCUACAUCAUCCAGUAUCAGGUCCAGGUCCUGACAGUGCAAGACCAAGUCUUCAUCUGGUGGCUUUGAAUACCCCGUUUUCUGGUGAUAUGCGAGCUGACUACCAGUGCUUUCAACAGGCCCGGGCUGCUGGGUUAACAUCAACAUACAGAGCUUUCCUGUCUUCACAUCUUCAAGACCUUUUGACAGUUGUCAGAAAAACUGACCGAUAUCAUUUGCCGAUAGUUAACCUUAAGGGCGAAAUAUUGUUCAAUAAUUGGGAGGCAAUUUUCUCUGGCAAAGGAGGUCAGUUUGACCUCCGGAUUCCAAUAUACUCCUUUGAUGGCAGAAAUGUCUUCACAGAUCCAGCCUGGCCUCAAAAAAUCAUCUGGCAUGGUUCAAGUCCACAUGGAAUACGACAAAUUAGUAACUACUGUGAAGCCUGGAGGACAGCAGAUCUUGCUGUGAUGGGACAAGCAUCACCUCUGCAGUCUGGAAAGCUUUUGGAUCAAAAAGCAUAUAGCUGUAGCAACAGGUUUAUUGUCCUUUGUAUUGAAAACAGCUAUAUCUCAGAUUUACAAAGGAAAUGAUCUUUUCCUCCGUCCCAUGAAAAUUUAAUUUUUAAUUAUAAUUUUGAAAUGAUGUAAAUAUUGUACUUUUAAAAAAGAUACUAACCAAAGAAAGCAUACCUCAGUGCAGAAUCCUAUUCCAAGAUGGUGAAAUUCAUUUUUACAAAACAUUCCAGCCCAUGCAGAAGCUUGGUAAGAGAUUAGUAAGGAUAAAUAAACAUAUAGAAGUGUCCAAGGCCCCUUCUACACUGCCAUAUAAUCCAGGUUAUUAAAGCAGAUAAUCCACAUGAUCUGCUUUGAGCUGGAUUAUAUGAGCCUACACUGCCAUUUAAUCCAGUUCAAAGCAGAUACUCUAGAUUUUAUAUGGCAGGGUAGAAAGGGCCUGAGCCAUAUGGCACUUGUCAGUGUUAUAAGCCUGGUUGGGCUAGUUCCUAAAUGUUAUUGAGCAGAUAUCAGGUGUGGUGUGCAAGCAAAAUAGAUCACUCCCAUUGGUGCAGUGGCUCUGCAACAUUUGCGUGGAGUAAAGAAGAGUGUUAUCUGUGCUGUAGCCCAUAGGUUUCCAUAAACAUUUUUGCUGUUGCUGUUCAUUCAUUCAGUCGUUUCCGACUCUUCGUGACUUCAUGGACCAGUCCACGCCAGAGCUCCCUGUCUGUCGUCACCACCCCCAGCUCCUUCAAGGUCAAUCCAGUCACUUUUUUUAUUUCAUUAGAUUUUUAUUUGAGAAGAGAAAAUACAGUUAUAUAGACAUAUACUAUACAUUUCCUUCUCUUUUAUUUACAUUCACCCCUGUGCUCCCCUUCUCCAGAGCCAUCUCUUUUCUUAAAGUCCCACCAAAAAUCAGUUCUUCAUUUGGAGGUAAAUUCCCAUCUUCUUUUUCCAAUCAUUUUUCUAGAAAUUUUUUCCAGAUACUUUCAAAGUCAUUUUUUUUACAUAAUCCCUUCUUUACUUUUAAAUUUGAUGUUAGCUUAUCGUUCAGUGCCAUUUUACAGACUUCUUUAUACCAUUCAUUAAUCUGUAUUUUCAUUGCCCCUUUCCAAUAUUUUGCAAUUAAUAAUCUAGCUGCUGUUAAUAGCAUGUCUAUUAUUUUUUCCCCUCUUAUCUUUCCCAUCCUCUUUUUUAAUUAAAAGUAAUAUUUCUGCUGGAUUCCUCCUAAUUUUUAUAUCCAUGAUAUUUUCUAUUUCUGUUAUAACCAAUUCCCAAAAAUCUUUUACAUAUUUGCAGUCCCACCACAUAUGCAUGUAGGUUCCAAUUUCUUGGCAUCCUCGCCAACAUUUUUCAUUAUUGUUCUUAUUUAUAAUAUUUAACCUUCUUGGUGUUAAAUACCAUUUCCAAAUUAGUUUUUAAUAAUUUUCUUUUAUUCUAAUUGACAUGUUUUUAAGUGUCUUGUUUUCCAUAUCUCUUCCCAUUCUUUUUCAGUUAUCAUUGUUCCUACUUCCUCCUCCCAUAAUUCUCUUAAUGUUAAUCUUUUCUUUUUCCUGUGUCUUUAAUUAGUAUUUUAUAUUUUUUACUUGUUGUUCCUUUUAAUUGCUCGCCAUUUUCUCUUUUUAAUUCUUUUAUUAUCAAUUCCUCAAACUGUGUUAGUUGUUUCCCAGUUUUAUUUCGGACUCACCAAUUGUUAUUCCAUUUUUCUAACUGAAUCCAAUGGAGCCAAGAAAUGUUUAUUCCUCUCAAUUCUUUUCUCAUGUUUACCUUUUUCAUUUUACGUUCUAUCCAAUUUCCUACCCUUUUUAGUUCCUUUUUUUCUAAUUAUUUAUCUAAAGUUCCUUUUAGUACCUUUGGGAAAUCUUUUUCCAUUAUUAUUGGUGUUACGACUGAAUUCUUAUUGAUUAGUUGUCCUUUAUACUUGCUCCAUAUUUCCAUUAUAUUUCUUAAUGACAUAUUUCCAAUCUGUUUUAUCUCUUUCUUUGAAAUUUCUUUAAAGAAUAUGUUGUCCUUUCUCCACUCAAUUGCCUUAUUCCCUGCUUCCAUCCAUUCCAAACCAUCUCCAUCCAUCAUCUUUUCUACUACAUAUCUUAAUUGGUUUGCUUCAGAAUAUUUUUGUAUAUUCGGUAAGCCUAAUCCUCCUUCUUUUUGGGGGUCAAUCCAGUCACUUCAAGGAUGCCAUCCAUCAUUUCAAGGAUGCCAUCCAUCCAUCUUGCCCUUGGUUGGCCCCUCUUCCUUUUUCCUUCCAUUUCCCCCAGCAUAAUUGUCUUCUCUAAGUUUUCCUUUCUUCUCAUGAUGUGGCCAAAGUACUUCAUCUUGGCCUCAACUAUUCUUCCCUCCAAUGAGCAGUCAGGCUUUAUUUCUUGAAGUAUGGACUGGUUCUGCUAGAUUAAAUAAUAUUGAAUUUUGCUAGCUCCUGUAUUUUCUUGUCCCAGUUGCAGACAAACCCUAGCUCAGGGUGCAAAAAGCUCUACCAGCUUCAUCUAGUGAGAUUUUGAUCUUCUUCUUUGAAAUUUUUGAUCUUUUUCCUUUUGUGGGAAUCAUGGAUCUGGAGACUGCAGAUCCAGAGGGCCCACUGUAUCAAUGGGUCAUAUCGGAAAAUGUUCCAAGACACUCCUUUUCUUUCCAAACCAGCUUGCUGUAAAACAUGGGAAAUCGAGAAGUUAUUAUCCAAAAUGCUCUUGGACAUGUGAGAGUUGUGUAUAAUUGUGCAAAACCUGGUUUAAAAAAGGAGGCAAUUAAAAAAAACUGGAAUGUUUUUGUUUCUCUAAAAUCUUCCUGAUGCAAACAAACCUCAUCCCUAAAUAUUUGCACACAGGAAGUAUUUGGAAGAUGAAUUUCACCCAUAUGGAAACAGAACUAGAUGCAUAUUCUGGCAUCCUGUGGUCUUUAAAGAAACCCAAACAGUGUUGAGAGAAAAUUCUAACAUGAUCAGUGGUGGCUACUCUGAAGGACAUAUAAUGCGCUCCUAUGUACUCUGAGGGUUUUGGGGAUCUCUCCUCUACAAUGUUCUCCUCCACGAACCAAACAAAAAGCCUCUCCCAAAGCCUGAUUUUGCUCUUGGUGCUACAUAAAGUAUUGCAGUUGAGGUGGGAGAAAAUUAACAAGGACACACUGCUCUGUGGAUAGAACUGAGAAAAGUUAUUUUCUUUAAGACAGUCACUUUCCUGUGUAACCAAAAUGCAGGAUGACUGUGUUUACUCGCUCACCGACUUCUCGUUUCUAUGGAGUUCUCAUUUUUUCAGAACUGUUGCUCAAACGAUUGUUCAGAGAAACAGAAUUGCCGACUGUUCCUCACAAAUAACAGUAUUAUCAUGUUUAGAUGUUUGUCUUUUCUGAAUUUUCUCAUGGUGUAUGUCAAGAAGCUAUUCUCUUUGAAUUGUCAUACCAUAAUGCAAUAAUGCAAUAGUCAGUUUUGAAAUGUAAGCAAGUAGUUCUGUUCUUCAACAAUCUCUCUGACUUCGUUGCCACCAAACCACUACUAUAGUUUGUAUGUUUAAAAGUCUACUACCAACGUUCCUGUAAUUUCUAACACAUUUUUUUUAAAUCUAUGAUGUAAAAAUGUGAAUUGCAGAACCAUAUUUCCAUUUGAAUCGACAUAAAAACACCUUUCCCACCUUGUCUGUGACAGGUAUUGGUGCUUUCACAUUUUUGUAAUUUUUCACAUUAAAGAGCACUAUAGAGUUGUA